ACGGAGCGUCGAGGAGAGCGCACGCGGAUUGCGAAUGAGGCACUUGCUCGGGGAUCGGUCGAAUCGGUUUGGCAGCGGUAGGGCUACGCAACGCAGCGGCAGCACACGAAAGUGAAUUGAAGUGAAAAGAAAUCAAGUAAUGUGCGUUUAAAAAUACACCAAAUUACGAAACAAAUACAAGACCGCUGUUAUUUGUUGUUUGUUGUGCAGCAACAGCAUUAAAUAAUUUCCAAUAGAAUAGAAUUCCAAUCCCAAAUCCAAAUCUGAAGGCAUCAUUCGGUGCGUUGAAUAACACUGAUAAAAUAAUAUACAGAAGCAGAAGCAGAAGCAGAGGCAGAGGCGGCGUGCACAAACAUAAAUAUCGUCGUUCUACAUGUACAGUUCGAAAAUACAUCUGAUCGGAGCGAAGCGGAGCAGAGCAGCAUUGAGAUAGCGGUGCUUUCUCAUUCAUGACGUCACGGCCACGAGUGCACGAGGUGAGCAUCUGGCAAGGAAGAACGCAGUGCAGCGCAGCGGCAGUCAGUGACGGCCAAAACAAAACGACUCUGGCAAUUGUCAUAAUAAACAGCUACACUGCCAAACGCCCAGUGCCGAUGGGUGGAAGGCGCAAGACACUCGGCUCGAAGCAUGUCCAAGGAAACGCCAGUGGAACGCCCAGCGAAAUCGAAACGGAAACGAGCUGCUAAGCGGACCGCAGCUGACCGGGGCCAGACAUGUCCUCACGGCGGAGCUCGUUCCGCCGGAAGGAGAAGCCAGCAUUUCAAAGGUUCAAGGAUCACUGCCGCCACUUCACGGCCUUUAUGUUCAGCAAUGUGGGCAUCAUACUGCUAGUCACCUUUUACACGAUUGGGGGCGCCUUCAUCUUCCAGGCCAUCGAAAUUUUCGAAUACGAGCGACUCAAGGCGCAGAAGCCGCAUCGGUUCAUCGAGCGAAAUGUCAGCGGGGAGUGCCUCACGCGCAUUUGGGAGCUGACGGCCGAGAACAUUAGUUUCUUCGACCACCAGGCGUACAGAAAACGUGUCAAUGAUGUGCUGCUGGAGUACCAGCGGGCGAUUGUGAAAAAACAGCUGAAGGGGCCCGAUGUGGAGCAAUGGAGCUUCUCCGGGGCCUUCCUCUACUCGCUGACAGUCAUCACAACGAUCGGAUAUGGCAAUAUAACACCGCACUCCGAGUGGGGUAAGCUGGCGACCAUUCUGUAUGCCAUCAUCGGUAUGCCCUUGUUUCUGCUCUACCUCUCAAACAUUGGCGAUGUGCUGGCCAAGUCCUUCAAGUGGAUCUACUCCAAGGUCUGCCUGUGCCGUAUAUGUCCUGGCGUGGCCAAGCGCCGGAUCAUACGGGAAAGACGAAAGAUGCGCCACCUUGCGAGGGCGCUCCAAAUGCAUCACAUGGAAGGUGGCGGCGGGAGCAGUAGCUACUCCAGCAGCAGUUCUACCACCAACAGCAAUAGUAGCAGCAGCAGCACCGACUACACGAAGAGCUCUCAUCCCAGCUCCAGCAUCGUGGAUUUUGCGUACAGCGGAUCCGAUUCGGAUAUCGAGCGAGAGAUACGCGGCAGCACGGACGAGAUUACUGUCCCUCUGACAGUCUGCAUAUUCGUCAUGGUCGGGUAUAUUCUGUGGGGUGCCUUGCUCUUUGGUCGCUGGGAGGACUGGAACUACUUGGAUGGCAGCUACUUCUGCUUAAUCUCGCUCAGCAGUAUUGGAUUUGGUGAUCUGGUGCCAGGUGAUCGGGUGAUAACCGCAGAUAGGGACAAAGUUGAGGUCAGCUUUAUCCUCUGUGCCGUAUAUCUUUUACUAGGAAUGGCCGUCAUUGCCAUGUGCUUCAAUCUGAUGCAGGAAGAGGUUGUCCACAAUAUACGAGCCAUUAAACGGGGAUUCAAAGCCUGCUUCCGUUGUCGCAGCUCUUAGAAGCCUUACAAUUACGUUUUAU